GAUGGGGCCGGGCGUCGAGGCUCAGACUGACAAACCCGCGCUCCCAGACCAGCGGGAAGGGACGAAUCGGUUGCUCCGGCGGGGAGAGGUGGAAGGAAGCAGGUUCAACAUGUCAAACGCAAUCCAAGAAACUUCUGCAGUUGAAACGUCUUGUUCAGAAGAUGCUGAUACUAAAUUAUCCUUCCUACCUGAAAAACUGAGAGAGAGACUGCUUCCUUUUCAGAAGAAAGGAAUCUUGUUUGCACUUAAGAGAAGCGGCAGGUGUAUGAUAGCUGAUGAGAUGGGGCUGGGGAAGACAAUCCAAGCAAUUGCCAUUUCUUAUUACUAUAAAGAGGAAUGGCCUCUCUUAAUAGUAGUCCCUUCAUCUCUUCGGUACCCUUGGAUUGAUGAGUUGGAGAAAUGGAUUCCAGAACUCUGUCCAGGUGAUAUCAGCAUCAUUCAGAACAAAACUGACACUGGGAGAAUAUCAACUAGCAGAGUGACAGUUUUGGGUUAUGGCCUGCUAACUACAGAUGCACAGACAUUAGUAGAUACUUUGUACAAACAAAAUUUCAAGGUAGUUGUGGUUGAUGAGUCUCAUUAUAUGAAAUCCAGAAAUGCAACCCGCAGCAAGAUUUUGUUGCCAAUUGUACAGAAAGCUGCUCGAGCCAUUCUUCUCACUGGAACUCCUGCUCUAGGAAGACCAGAAGAGCUUUUCAUGCAGAUUGAGGCACUUUUUCCAAGAAGAUUUGGAACCUGGAAUGAAUAUGCAAAACAAUACUGCAAUGCUCAUGUCAGGUUUUUUGGUAAAAGAGCUCAUUGGGACUGCAGAGGGGCUUCACACUUAGAUGAAUUGCAUCAGUUGUUAAGUAACAUAAUGAUCAGACGCCUGAAGAAUGAUGUUCUAACCCAGUUGCCUCCAAAAAUUAGACAACGCAUUCCAUUUGAUCUUCCAAAAGCUGCUGCUAAGGAACUGAAUACCAGUUUUGAAGAGUGGGAGAAAUUAAUGAGGGCUCCAAAAUCAGAUGUCAUUGAAAGCCACUUUGUUCAAGUCAUGGGUCAGAUUACACACCUGUAUAAACAAACAGCCAUUGCUAAGGCAGGAGCGGUAAAGGACUAUAUCAAAAUGAUGCUCGAGAAUGACAAACUUAAGUUUCUGGUUUUUGCUCACCACUUAAGCAUGCUCCAAGCUUGUACAGAAGCUGCCAUAGAAAACAAGGCACGUUACAUUCGGAUAGAUGGAAGUGUUCCUUCAGUAGAAAGAAUCCAUCUUGUCCAUCAGUUUCAGAAGGAUCCUGAUACUCGUGUGGCCAUCUUGAGCAUUCAGGCUGCUGGUCAGGGAUUAACUUUUACUGCUGCCACUCACAUCGUGUUUGCUGAGUUAUAUUGGGACCCUGGACACAUGAAGCAAGCAGAAGACCGAGCACAUCGAAUUGGACAAUGCAGUUCUGUAAACAUCCACUACCUCAUUGCAAAAGGAACUUUGGAUCCUCUUAUGUGGGCAAUGUUAAAUCGAAAGGCCAAAGUUACAGGCAGCACAUUGAAUGGUAAGAAGGAGAAACUGCAAGCUGAAGAAGGUGAUAAGGAAAAGUGGGAUUUCUUGAAUUUUGCUGAAGCCUGGACCCCGAAUGAAAGUAUUGAAGAGAUCAAGAAUGAAGUUUUGUUCACUCAUUUUGAAAAAGAAAAACAACAUGACAUUCGUUCCUUCUUUUCUCCAAAACCAUCUACUGAGAAAAAACGCAAAAUUGACUCUCUGGAUAAAUCACUGAAUUUUAGCUUAGGGGAUUUUAAAGUCACAUCGGGAAUGGAGAUAGAGGGGAGCAAGCAUAUGAAUUCCAAAGAAAGAAUUGAUGUGAACACAAUUUGUUAUGAAGAUGACAGUGAACCUGAAGUUAAAAGACCAAGAGCCAUCAGUACACCAACAGGAAGCAGCUCCAGUAAGAAAAAGAAAAAAUCUUUGUCUGGAAAAACAAACUUUUUGUAUACAGAAAAAAUGGAUCAUGGUAUUUCUGAUGGCUUACCGUCUAAUUCAAGGGAAAAAACAUCUUCAGCCAAAGCCUGGUGUUGUAGUCUUUGCACUUACACUAAUAAUUCAUUACUAACUUACUGUGAAAUCUGUGAAUGUCCUCGUAGCAAUGAUGAUAAAAAGACUACAAAUCAAAUAAAUGAUCCUCCUAUGCUGAGUGAAGGAGACAAUGCAUCACAGGACUCUAAAAAUAUCAAAGAUAUAGCAAUAUGCAAUGCAGACCAUGAGAGAGAAGAUUUAGCACAAACAUCGACUGAACCAUCUGAUGAGAGCACUGGAGAAAUAGCAAAUGUUGUUGAAAAUGAACCUGAAGAAUGUGUGCAAAAGCUUAAAGAAGGAAUUGAAGAUAACUCAGAUACUUUUCCAGUGUAUGUUGAGUUGAAGUUCUGUGCAAGCAGGAAUACCGAUAGAAUUCAUCUCUAUACAACGGAUGGAAAAUCACUGAAUUGUAAUUUUAUUCCAUUGGAUAUAAAAUUGGAUAAUUGGGAGGAUUUACCAGAGAGUUUUCAACAGAAGCAAAAUCGUUCAUUGAUUCUGAGGUUUGUGAGAGAAUGGAGUAGUUUAACAGCCAUGAAGCAGAAAAUUAUCAGAAAAAGUAGCCACAUCUUUUGUAGCCCUAUUCUUGCUGCAGAAGAAAUUUCUAAACAGCAGGCCAAGCUGAGCAGCACCAAAAGAUAUGUGACAAAAGAUGAUGUUGCUGUAGCCUCACUCAGGAAAGCUGCUAGCAGCGGAGGCAGUGUAUGCCUGGUUACAAAGGAAACUGCAUUUUACUUGAAAAAUGAUCAUACUUCUGCUGGAGAAACAGAUGACCAGUCCACAAAGUUACUUCUAAAGGAUGGAAAAGUUUCCCCUGUUCUUUAUGCUGACUCAGUUCAAGCUCAAGUUGUUGAAGACCCUGCCAUAUGCAAAGGAUAUAUACAGGCUGUAGAUAAUAAAGGAAAUCCACUUUGUCUUACCUGCCAAAAGCCAACUGUUCAACAUUGCAAAUCUAUUGCUUGGGAAACACGAUUUUGUUCUCUUAAAUGCCAGGAAGACUUCUUAAUUCGCUCUAGUCAGAGUUAUCUCAGGAGUAAAGUAUUUGAAGUAGAACAUGGUGUUUGUCAGCUUUGUAAUCUCAAUGCCCAGGAACUCUAUCUUACCAUCAAAAAUGCCCCUAAGAAUCAACGUAAGAAUCUUCUAGAAAGUUCUUGGAUGUCUCAGCUUCCGUUAGGACAGUUAAAUGAAAUUAUAACAAACCCAACAGAAGGCCAGUUCUGGCAAGUGGAUCAUAUCAAACCAGUUUAUAGUGGAGGAGGACAGUGCACUCUGGAAAAUCUUCAAACUUUGUGUACAGUUUGUCAUAAGAAGAGAACUGCUAAACAAGCCAAGGAAAGAAGCCAAAUGAAGCGACAUUCUUUAGCUUCGAAGUAUGGAUCUGAUAUCUCAAAAUUUUUUGUAAAAAUGAAUCCACCACUUCCGUACUGAUAUCCACACCAGCCUUGACCCUACUGGAGGCCCUGCAUAAUCUAUUGUCUCCAGUGAUAUAUAUCCCCCACAAGAAAUGCAGUACAGGCCAUCCCAGCUAGACCAAGUAGUGUAGCCUCAGAGAUACUCUAGAUCUAGAAAAAGAGAGGAGGAAACUGAGGAAGGACAUCAUCUGAAAAGGGAAAAAAUAUUGGUCUAUAAUGUGAUCUCCUCAUCCUCCAACUUCUGCAUCUGAGUGGAUGACUUCAAGGUUUUGCAGGACUUGAUAUGGUGUAUUACAGAGACUCUGGAUAUCAUUUUCAUAUCCCUGGCAAGUGUUUACAAGGUACGUGUGUGUUUGUGAUUUUGUGUGUGCGCGCGCUGGUUCAUUAAAUACAGUUGCAUUUGGUAGUCAGAUGCAGAUACUAAAUUGUUUGCCAAAACUUUGUCUGGACUAGGAAAAGUGGGUGUAUUUAGGUUACUGCUAGGUAAAUCCGACCAAAUUCAACCACUUUCCUAAACAAGCCAUGUCAAACAUGUUCAGCUGAAUUCUGGUCUACUACGAACUGAACUGAGAACUGCAGAACCCAGAGCAGCAUCAUUCCUGGCCUGCUGGGUAAUAGCAUAGUGCACCAUAAACGUGUGCAGAGGACCACAUGGCCGCUCUACAAAUGUCAACUAUUGGAACUUGCACAACACAAAAGCUGCUGAGGACGCCUGAGCUCUAGUGAGGUGGGCCUUAACUUGGGGUGGCAUAAGUGGAAGAAGAAACUACAAACAGGCAAACAACUAACUAUCGGUGGGCUCUGUCACAAGAACAGAGAAGCUCCAACAACUGUCACUGGCAGUAAGAAGGAACUGAGCAGGGGGAGAGCCAGCAGCGAUACUUAUGCUCCACUAUAGUGGCGCCACUCCAGGGGGCGACCUGCCGGGUACCGCUGGGGAAAAAGAUGCUCUGGAAACCAUGCACGUGCACACCUCAUUUGAAUGCACAUGACCAGUCACUUGAAGAAUUUUUCAUUAAUAAAGGUGGGGAAAACCGGUUCCAGUGUAAUAAUUCAGCUAUUUAUUAGAACAAAAUCAGGAGCUCUGACUGGUAUCAUCAUCCAACAAGGAAGGGCACAGAGUUAUAGGAAAACAUUAUCUGAUUAAAAGUAAAGCUAGGCACAGUAUCUGGAAACUCAGGCUAAUUUAAAGCAUAAUACAUAAUAGACAAUAGAGCUGCUCCAGCCUCCCAGUUAACCUUUCAUAUCCCUACCACGAACCACUCCCUGGAACAAAUCCAGUUUCCAACUCUGUCCACACAUCUACCCUAGUGAUGCCAUUACAGGACCUAACCACAUCAGUUAUAACAUGAAAGGUCAUUCAUGUGCACAUGUAUUAAUGUAAUGUGUGCCAGCAGUGUGCCUCUACCAUGUAUAUUGGACAAACUGAGCUGUCUCUAAGCAAAAGAAUAAAUGAACAACUCAGACAUGAAAAAUGGCAACAUAUAAAAACCAGUAAGGGAGCAUUUUGAAGGUGCCAAUAGUUCUUUGUCUGUAUAGUAUCAGCUGUUAGUACUCUUCCCCUCUUAUUGCCUACUAAUGGUUCUUAUCUGCCUCUUUUGACUAUCCAGACUUUAGAUGCUUAUAUUUGUUUUUCCUGGUACAUUCCAGCUUGGCUUUUUCCUUGAUAUUUUUAUACCAACUGCCUCUUCUUUUCCCCAUUCCCCCAAAAAUUUUUUUCCUCCCCCCUUCCCUUGU